AGCAACCAGCGUCUGCUGAAAAAUGGCGGCAACCAAAAGUGAAACGAAAAGAAUUGAUAUUUUGGCUCAACCUAGAGGAUACCAUCCAGAAUACAGAGAAAACAGACGGUCAGUCUACUGGUUGGACAGGGAACCACCACAACCUGGUCCUGAUGGCCGCACUGUUGUCACGGCUACUCCCAGAGUCGUGGAGUUAUCGAGACAUAAAACUGCUGAUCACUGGAGGCCGGACAGACCUUCUGCGAUAUGGCCAGUGUCUGACAGUGCCAAGUCCAGUUCCGCAUCACCCAGAGUUGUCCAGCUCAGUGCACACCGGAAUCCCCCCGCCAGUUACCUCUUUGACCGUGACCCUGGAUGGGAGGUCAAAAGGUCGGCAUUAUCAGCAAGCUCAACCUCCCGUGUUGAUGUGCUGGCAACACCAAAACGUAAGAGAGGAGAUGACGGCAUAGAUCCAUUCUGGGGUUAUAGUCAACCAGUGUCCAAGAAUGCCCUCAGUGCCAGCUGUUCCUCCAGGCUAGAGGCACUAGCAGCUCAUAAAGGAUACCCUAAGGAAUUCAAAGAUGCGAGAUCAAUCCAAUGGCCAGUUUCCCAUGAUGCUCUGGAAGCGAUUGCCUCCCUUAGACUACAACAGCUGGCUCGGCCACCAACAAGGGCACUAACCAAAGACGACUAUGAUCCCUACAGGAUCGUGUCCAGUGCCUUGAGGUACCAGUCCACACCUAGAAUAGAUGAACUGGCUCUCCCCAUUCCUAGGAAAGUCAGAACCAAAAGGACGGUAUCUUAAGUUUUUAUCAGAUUUAAGACACCAUUUUUAACAAAUAACCUGUAAAAUGCACAAAUUUGAAAGUUUUAAAUCUUUUACUGCUAGCUACAUAUUUUUUAAAGCACUCAGUGUGAAUGCAAGCCUAUUUCAGCUUUAUUGUUGUAAAUCCAAACUUUUAUUGUGCCUUCUCAUUAAAUUUAAACCGCUAUUCUGUGAUAAUCUUGGUAUGAAUUAGUUAUUUUAUGCAUCUUGUUAAAUAAAUUAGUUAAUCUCCAUUAUAUCCCAUCAAAAAAUAUUUUACAAAAUGACUGCACAGGUCUUAAACUAUAUUGUAAUCAGAUUAAAAAGAACAUGGAUUUGCAUUGCUUAAAGAACUAGAACUAAUGCUUCUAGCAAUUAAAUUUUUAAUUAAAAUAAAUGACCUAUACAACUCAUUGAUUAUGUGAUCUAUGUUAAACAUAUGUUUAAGAAUAGAAAACAACAGGACUAUUGAAAUAUUUGUGAGGUGCUAACCUAUAAUUGUGAUCUGCAACUUUAGUUUCUUUACAAGCUCAUAUAGACUUCUUAUAAGGUUUUACAUAUUCUUAUUAAGAUAAGAGUUGUAUAUACAGUAUUUAAAUCAUCAAAAUUUUCUUUCAACAAUUUUUUUUUAAAGCUGCCUAAAUGAUUUCUUUUUUACCAUUUUCAUAUUUAUAAAAUGGGUUCCCAGAAAAAUACCCAAAAACGAAAAAGUGUGCAACGGAAAACUGCGUUAACAUGUGCAAAUGCAAACUAAUUAUACUAAUACACUUUCAUUUUUGUCUAAUUUCGUGGAAAAGUGUUUUAUUAUGCUACUAUGUACAUGCUGACAUUCUUAAUGCUCAAUUUAAGAAUAAAAAAUACAUAUGCCCAUGUUUUGGUGCGCAGUUUUCCUUUGCGCACCUUCCAAGUCACGAUAAAAUUACGUAAAACUAUUCUUGAUGUUAAAUUGUGAAAGCUUUUAUUUUGUUGAAGUGGUAUUCUUUAUUCCCAUAUAUGUACUCAAGUUCAAUGUAAGCAGGAGUUUUUAUUUUACUAAUGUAUAAAAAAAGUUUUUUUACCAUAUUUAAAUUAUCUGCUGACUGUGGUUUGAAUUUAAGAAAAAAUUGUUACUGGCAUAUUGAUGUAACUACAUUUCUAAUUAAACUUAAUCAGUAUUUACAUAUUUAACUCUUUAUAAAUAUCUAAAAGUUACACUUUUAUUAUCUCAGCAUUAAUGAUCUUCAGUCCUUGAAAUGGGAUGUGAAAUGAGAUUAUUUUCUAUUUAAUGUGCCCUUUUUGCCAUAAACCUGUGCUUUUCAGUAUUAUUGCCUCCCUUGCUCAACUCACCUUUAAAGAAAAUUUUCCAGUAUUGUCAAAAUACAGUAUUAAUUAAUGGCAUGUACAAACUUAUUUAUUUAUUUCUGAAGAU